AUGGGGACCGAAGUCGUCCACGCCUACCGGCACCUGUACCGCUGCCUGCUGCGCGCGGUGCAGUACUCGUCGCCGGCGCGGUACAUUGCGCGCGACCAGCUGAGGGGCGCGUUUAGGGAGACGCCGGCGGCGCUGGACGCGGAGGGCGUGAAGCGCACCGCCUGGUUCCUGGAGGCGGCGGGCAGGGAGAGGGGGCUGGAGCACGCGAUUCUGAAGAAUCUGCUGCGGGUGAGGGGCCAGAGGGACGCGGAGACGAGGAGCUGGAGGAAGAGCUUGGCCGGGACGGCGCAGAGGGACGACAUGAAGAGGGAUAGGGGGGCGGCGUUUCAGCACUACGACAUGACUGUUGCCAUGUUGAAUAGGACCAUGGGCCUUUGUCUGCGGUGA